AUGAAGCUCAGCAUCAUCCUCACGAUCCUUAGCGUAAGCUUUACCGCUAUUGCGGCCCCUACUCCGAGAAACCAGCUUGAAGUUCGUGAUGUCGAUGCCGACGAUGCCAAUCCUACUCCCCCAACCCCUCCCACCCCUCCUAAUGCUCCUCUUAUUCCUGCUCCUGGUCAUCCUCCUAGCACCAGUGGUCCUUAUUACCCUCCAGUCCCAGCUACUCCACCAACUCCACCGACUCCUCCCACCCCUCCUUCUCCUCAGCCUCCUUAUUCUGGACCCGUCAAUGCACCCGGAUAUCCUGCCAAUGCUCCACCGACGCCUCCAACCCCUCCCACUCCUCCUACUCCUCCAAGCCCUAGUGGUCCUGUCUAUGGUCCCGUUUAUGGUAACGGCAACUACCCAAAUGCCCCUGCCACUCCCCCGACUCCUCCCACUCCUCCUACUCCCCCUGCCACUUCUGGAGUCUAA